AUGCGACAUAUAACACCACUGCUUUUCUUUGCCACAUUAUUAGCAACUGCGCUAGCACAAGCAGACGAUGCAACAUCAAUAAUCCAGUCAGUAUUGAAUGUGGAUCGAGCUCUAGAAGAAGAAAUUAAAAACGACUUAGCGGAAGCCAAAAACAAAAAAGGCCAAUUGAAAAAUCAAAUUUCUGAUUACGUAAAGAACACCGCACAACAGCUCAAAGACGCUCUGAGCGGGAAGCUUGAUAAACUUCGUGAAAUUGAAGAGGCUUACAAAGCGCAGGAGUACACUGACAAGAAACAGGCCAUGGAAGAGUGGAAGAAUCUCGUACGCGGCAUAAAUCAAACGAAAGCCGCAUGGGAAGUCGCAAAAGAAACUAAAAUAGAAGAAGAAAAAAAGAAAAUCCGCGAUUUGCUGAACCAACUCAAGCAAGCAUAUGACAAGAACAAGGAACAGAAAGCAGCAGAAAAGGAAAAGGAAAAGGAGCAGUUCCGACAAGCCUGGCAGAAGGCACUGGAGAAAUUUCAAGACAUUCAAGGAAAGCUUAACGACUCCAGCAAUGCUCAGAAAGAACGACGAAAGGAGAAGUUUACAAAAAUGAUCUACUUUGAAUGA